AGGCUUUAUGUUUUCUUCUACUUAUUUGAAUGUUCGCAUCUAGCCAAUCGACUGUAGGUUGCCGGGAGAUUGACAGAGGGACUGAAGAGGAGCUCCACCCUAGGCUCCACGUUGGUGACAGCGAAUCUACUGAGGAAGGCCCUCAAAACGGCAUUGACAUACCCGUUGAAGCUCGUCUACCCCGUGUAAGUGAGCGAGUCCAGUCGUCCGUAGUGGCCGUUCAAUAUGAUUCUGAGUAUUGGCUGUCCAUGGUGGAGAGACUAGGUUAUGACCAACCAGUGUAUUGCGGCGACGCAGGCCCCAACCUUGAAUCGCUCUUGCGGUACUUCGACUGUACAGCAACUGGCAUGCUUAGAGUGUUCGAUAUGUUCGAUCAAGAUCACGAUUCGGAGAUGUCGCCAUCCGAAGUUGCCCGUGGUCUUCGGCAGCAAGCUCUGUACACGAAACAUUCAGGAGAGUCCGAUCUGGCUUUCCAUGAACUAUGUGAGAUUCUGGCGAGCCGAGACCCUAAAGGAACCUUGGAGGAGAACCCUGAAGAGCGCAUUAUCAAACCUCCGGAGUUCAUGGCGGCACUCAAGUGUCUGAGGAUGGCAGCUCUACUUCAUGCACCUGAGCAGGCGAAGCAAAUCAGAAUACACAUUCACGAAUACCGAGAGGACUUUCUCUACAGCCGAAACCCCUUGGAGGAUCCAGUGUCAUUCCUGUUCCGACCGACCGCAAUGUCCCGAGUGAUCAACACUAAGAAGAUCCAGAAACCAUUCCGGGUCCGCUGGCUCCAUUCUCACGAUCCAUCGCAGGCUGCAGUGCUGGGCUUGGCUAUCAAGUAUGGUUUGGACCCUCGGUUUGUAUUGGACGUUUUCACGUUAUGGCGAGAAGGGGCUAAAGUGGAUCACAUUUUUGGUUACCGGCCAACUGGCCGCGGAGAGACGCGAAUAACUCGGAAGAAUCCGCCGUUGUGGUCAAUUAUCAUUAUUCCUGUACUGCGAUUGACUCAGACGAGCCGUGAUACCUUGCGGCCAUGGCAGUCCUGGAGGAGGCAGAAGCUCCGGAAGGAUUUCCCUAAAGUUGAUAAGACUGUUGAACCUCCCAUUGUAAAAGUAGAAGUCGAGCAGUGCAACUUGGCGAUGUUCGUAACGGGUAAAGCGGAAGGUGGUACCCUCAUCAGUUUUUCCAGCGAGUGGGUAACGCUCUGCAAAACCGGUACCGAUCGGGAUGAUGAGGAUGUGAAAGGUAGUGGGGGUAAGAUGAAGAAGCAUUGGUGGAGCAGGAGACCACCGAGCGAGGAGACUGUUGACGAGGAGAAGGCAGAGUCGACCGCUGACACCCGCAUACGGACGAGAUUCCGAACUCUGACGCAUACUAUCACAGAUUGGGAGACGAUGUCGUACGAUAUGAGUAUCUUCCGUAGUGCUCUGGGAAACCUCAAGACUUCGUACAGCAAUGUGAGAACUGGUGAUACACAUACCUUACUCUUCAAGAUAUUGUGCGAUAUCACUGAAGACUACAUAUUGGUGGGUCAAGCUUACGAUGCGUCUCUGUCCGUGCUGCAGAGGAGGCUCGAUAGAGAGAUGGAUAAGUUCUAUCAGAAGGAUGUCAAAAGACUGCGGAAGAUCGUCAGGCAGCUGGGCCAACUCUAUCGAAUGGUGAGGCCUGUCCUAGAUGUCCUGGAGACGGCUGUGAGCUACAGACAUUGGAGUCCCGACUCGCAGAUGUACACCUCGGAUAUUCGUAGCAACACUCAUCAAUUCCUGGAAGAAUCGUUAGCUUUAAGAGAGAAUGCCAGGAUGAUGCUUGAGCAGUAUCGGCAGUAUUGUGAGUCUAGGACGAGUAAUAUUCUAUAUGUCCUCACUUUAGUAACAACAACAUUUGUUCCCGGGCAAUUUCUUACAGGGGUUUAUGGUAUGAACUUCCAGGACCCCUUAACGGGAAAGCCAGGAAUGCCCGAGCUAUUGUGGUCUCACGGGUACCUGUAUUUUUGGUUGCUUCUGCUUACAAUAACGAGUCUCAUUUUCUUCCUUUACAGAAAGCAGAAGUGGAUGUGAAAUUGGGCGCGCAGGUCUCGCUUACAUUCCUCUAUAUGCCUUUCCUUCACAUAUCGCUCUUGAAUGCAUAGUGAUGGCCGUCUCAUGGUAGUACGAUAACUUCCAUGUGUCAUGUAAAGGUCACACCAUAUAUUCGCAGCGGUGUUCGGUCACGGUUACAACGUCACUAUUAUUAUAAGUAGCAGUUGUUGUAACAUUUCCACUAUAUAUUGAAACUGUUACAGGGUCUAGUCAAGUGG